CGUACACGUGUUCGGAUUCUAACGCGUCCGGCUGUGUGUGUGUCGUUUCGAACCCGCAUCGCUCAUCGUUCUUUUGUUAACGUGACAACAAAGCGAAAUUAAACCCGAGUCUCGAGAUGCGUAGUCUGUCACUGUAGCGCUCGCGGCUUCUUCUACCUUGGUUUCUCAGAAAUUUUUCAACGAGAAAAUUGCACUUGCAAAGUUAGCCCCCCCCCGUUUAUAAUAACAGUAAGGUUGAAUGAGCAGUUUGUUAACGAUUUGUAAAGUAUGGUGUCAGAGCGGUAUUAAUUUUCCCGCGGAGUUCGGGUUUCCUCCACGCACGGAUCGAUGAUGAGGCGAUGAGCUCAUUUCUCUCCCUGUCCGAGCGCUCGUGCUCAGCACCUCAGCAGAAGUGCCUCAGUCUCACCCUUGCUGAGGAGAAGCCGUGUUCGUCGAGCGCUGCCGACAGCACUGGGGAUGUCAUGGAGGAGGCAAGGAAGCUGCUUGGAAAAGGGAACAAACAUCUUAUCAUGGGAGAUGUGGUGUCAGCAGUCAAUGUCUUCCAGGAAGCCUGUGCCAUGCUAGCUGAGAAGUAUGGGGACACAGCAGAUGAAUGUGGGGAGGCUUUCUUUCUCUGUGGGAAAGCAUUGCUGGAACUGGCUCGAAUGGAGAAUACCGUCUUGGGGAAUGCUUUGGAAGGAGUUCCUGAGGAAGACAGUGAGGAGGGGGACAACAUGAACAAUUCUAAAACUGAAAGUGCUGACAACCUAGACGAGAAAACCAGGGAUGAGCUUCGAGUACAAGUAUACGAGGCUAUGGCUGAAAAUGAUACACCUGAAAGGAACAAUGAAGGGAAAGGGGAGUCUGAGCAAGGAGUGCAUGUUGCAGAGGAGAAAGGAACAGCAGAGUCUGGCAUGAAUGAAGCUGAAGAUGAAAAAGUGUCUCCUGAGCUAGUUGACAAGGCUGAAAAUAGAGUGGCUAGUUCUGAUGCACAGAAUGGAAAGGGGCUUGGAGUCAGUACUGUGGAUGAAGAGACAUCUGAACUAAGAGAGGAGCUAGAAGAGGGUGAAGAAGAUGAUGAUGAUGACGAUGAUAGUGAUGAAGGGGAGGGACCUGGUGACAGCAAGGAGAGUGAGGAGGAGGUUGGGAAUUUACAGUUGGCCUGGGAGAUGCUGGAAGUGGCCAAAGUGAUCUACAAAAGGAAGGAGACCAAAGAGGAUCAGUUAAUGGCAGCACAGGCAUACCUGAAGCUUGGGGAAGUUGGUGCUGAAUCGGGAAACUACGCACAGGCUCUAGAGGACUUCCAGGAGUGUCUGGCCUUGCAACUGAAGUACCUGCCCCCCCAUAGCCGCUUGUUGGCUGAGACUCACUACCAGCUGGGUGUGACCUUUGGCUACACUAAUCACUACACCCAGGCUCUCCAGCACUUCAGCAGUUCCAUAAAAGUCAUCGAAAGCCGUAUGGCUUUGCUCCAGGAAGCUAUUGAUAAGGCAGAUGGGGAAGAUGGUGCAGCAGAGGAGAAGCAGGAGAUGGAAGAGCUGAUGGAGUUGCUGCCUGAUAUCAGAGAGAAGGUAGAGGAUACCAAAGAGAGCCAGAAGACUGCUGCAGAGGCUUCACUGGCUAUCCAGCAGACCUUGGGAGGGGCAUCUACAUCCUCUGGCUUUCCAGGUAACAGUGAGAUGUCAGCAUCUGUAGUAAGCCAGAUUCCAGUAAAACCUUCUGAUGAGGCAUCAUCCAAGUCUGCAUCAGAUAUUUCACACCUGGUCCGGAAGAAGACAGAGAAGCAGUCUGCCCCAGUGGAGUCUUCGUCAUGAUGUCCUUCCUUAAUGAAGAUUGCAGGCUUUCUUGCUCAUACAACAUGCUCCACUCUCAUCUGAAGCGCUUACUGUAAAUAAGACCUUUUGUGUUACAUGGUUUUUG